AUGAGCGACAAGCAGCCAGCCAUGCUCAGCAAAGAUUUCGUCCGCCAACUCACACGCCCCUUCACCUCAAAGAUGGGAGAGCAAUACGAGCCACUCUACCAUGACGACGAAAAGAGUGACAGCGAGGUGAAAGUGAUAAUGGUACCAAAGAAGAUAUCAUCAUGGGUCUACCCCACUCUCGCCUCGCUCAUCUCCGUCAUGCUUGUCUGCGUCGGUAUCCUACUCGGCCUCAGCAUGAGCUUCGCAGUAGAGAGGUAUGACCGCGCCCACAAUAUCAACACCGCAGACCCAGCACCCAUCGAAGGCGGCUACCUCCCCUCAGCAGGAAACUUGCACUACCCGCUCAUCUACAACAUCACCUACUCUUCUCCUCCCUCGCCAGAGACGAACAAGGCGUGGGACGAUCUCUUCCCGCCCAUGGUAGGGUUCGUGCAGCAUCCCACCAUCGCACCCAAUCUCUCAGGACUUGCAGUUUUCCACGAAUUACACUGCCUGGACAUCCUCCGCAAAGGCUUCUACGCCGCCCUCUCCGGCACCCUAACCUCCUCCAUCGAAGAAGCAACCGACCACAACCGCCGCCUCGACGACCACCAUCUCCGCCACUGCUUCGACUACCUCCGUCAGAGCUUCAUGUGUCUCGCGGACACGAACCUUGAGCCCGUCAAUUUUGACCUGGGCGGGGUGACAGGCUGGAAGUUCGAGAGAACUUGUCGGGAUUUCGAAAGUGUGAAGAGGUGGGCAGGGGAGAAUAGGAAAUGGGAUGGGCGUUUGGAGGGGGUGGGGGAGGGGGACAUCAUCAUCAUCAUUGAGGAGAGAAGGGGGGCAAGGAAGGGAGAGAGGAGGAAAGGAGACCAGGAGGGAAGACCAGGUGAGGGAAGAAGACGCAUGACUAUCAAUGAUAUUGGCAGUGCUCAAAGCUGA